AGCCGGACGCAGCUCGUGGUGCUGGCACUGCAUGCACGCGCUUCUCCCGCUGACAUCCGCGCGCGAUACUCGAGGAGCGAGGGGGCAACGUGUGCACCGCGAACUUGACUCCCUAGGAUAUGCCUAGGACGUGUGAACAGGUGCUUCUCAGCGUGAACGGAUCCGCCGCCCGGGUUCGAACCUUCUGAUUGGAUUUCUUGAUUUUGUGUGUGCGCGCAAACCGGCUCCACAGUUCCGCGACCUGCUGCUGCUGCUGAGGAUGAGGAUGAUGAGGAUAUUCGGACACUGAGGAAGGUUCAUGUGGAGCUGGAGCCCGUCGGAAGGAUUUUAUGCACACUAUGCACGACCUUAAGAGUCGCUGACGGAUCGCGGGGUCAUGCUUCAUGCCCGGCUGCACUGUUUUCCUAAACACUCCGUCCACCGUGUGAGGAUUUCUGCGUAAUCUGAAUCUGACUGAAGGUGCUCGAACCGCUGUGAUGGAUUUAAAGGAUUUUUACUUGCUGGCUUGCUGUGUAGCCUGUCUGUGGCUGGACCCCGCCAUCGCCCAGGAGCUCACCUACUCCAUCCGCGAGGAGCUGCCAGAGAACGUACUUAUUGGAAAUAUACCAAAGGAUUUGAACAUCUCCCACAUGAACGCUGCUAGCAACAAUCUGGUUUACCGUCUGGUCUCCAAAGCCGGGGACAACCCGUUACUGAGAGUGAUGAGCAACACCGGGGAGAUUUUCACCACCUCCAACCGGAUAGACCGUGAAAAACUGUGUCCCGGUCCCUCGUUCGAGGACGCCGAGUGCUCUUUUGAAAUCGAAGUGGUCAUCCUGCCCAACGACUACUUCAGGUUAAUAAAAAUCAAGAUCGUGGUGAAGGACACUAACGACAACGCCCCGAUGUUCCCGUCCCCCGUGAUUAACAUCUCGGUUCCUGAGAACACCCUCAUCAACAGCAGGUUCGCCAUCCCGUCUGCUACCGAUCCUGAUACCGGACCUAACAGCGUCCACCGGUACGAGCUGGUCAACGGGCAGAGCGCCUUCGGCCUGGACAUCGUGGAGACCCCGGAGGGAGAGAAAUGGCCUCAGCUGAUCGUCCAGCAGAAUCUGGACAGAGAGCAGAAAGACACUUACGUGAUGAAGAUCAAAGUGGAGGACGGAGGGAACCCGCAGAAAUCCAGCACGGCUAUACUUCAGGUGACGGUCACCGACGUCAACGAUAACCGGCCGGUGUUUAAGGAGAGUCAGAUAGAAGUUCACAUUCCCGAAAGCUCUCCGAUAGGGACGUCUGUGGUCCAGCUGCUGGCCACGGACGCAGACGUCGGUUCCAACGCGGAGAUCAAGUACAUGUUUGGAACACAAGUGUCUUCAUCCACGAGGAGACUCUUCGCGUUAAAUACGGCGACCGGACUCAUAACGGUGCAGAGGCCGCUGGAUCGGGAAGAGACGGCGAUCCAUAAGCUGCCGGUUUUAGCGAGCGAUGGAAGCUCCAGUCCAGCGAGAGCCACGGUAACGAUCAACGUGACCGACGUGAACGAUAACGCUCCGAAUAUAGACCUGCGCUACAUCAUCAGCCCGACCAACGGCACCGUCAUGCUGUCGGAGAAAGAUCCCAUCAACACCAAAAUAGCUCUCAUAACCGUCUCCGAUAAAGACACGGAUGUCAACGGCAAGGUCAUCUGCUUCAUCGAGAAGGACGUUCCGUUUCACCUGAAGGCCGUCUACGACAACCAGUACCUGCUGGAAACCUCGGCCCUGCUGGAUUACGAGGGCACCAAGGAGUACAUCUUCAAAAUCGUGGCCUCCGACUCGGGAAAGCCCAGUUUAAACCAGACGGCGCUGGUUAAAGUCCGGCUCGAGGAUGAAAAUGACAACCCACCGGUUUUCAGCCAGCCUGUGAUUGAACUGUCAGUCAUGGAAAAUAACCAGCGUGACCUUUUCCUCACCACCAUCAGCGCUACAGAUGAAGACAGUGGAAGGAACGCCGAAAUCGUUUACCAGCUGGGACCGAACGCGUCCUUCUUCGACUUGGAUCGGAAGACGGGGGUGCUGACGGCCUCCAGGGUCUUCGACAGAGAAGAUCAGGACCGCUUUCUGUUCACCGUCACGGCCAGGGAUAACGGCACCCGGGCGCUGCAGAGCCAGGCGGCGGUCAUCGUGACCAUCCUGGACGAAAACGACAACAGUCCGAAGUUUACCCAUAAUCACUUUCAGUUCUUCGUUUCUGAAAACCUGCCCAAGUACAGCACGGUGGGAGUGAUCACCGUGACCGACGCGGACGCCGGAGAAAACGCAGAGGUGUCGCUCUCGAUAGUCAGCGAUAACGAGAACUUCAUCCUCGACCCUUUUACCGGGGUCAUAAAAUCCAACGUGUCGUUCGACAGGGAGCAGCAGAACUCCUACACCUUCGACGUGAGGGCCGUGGACGGAGGACGGCCACCGUGUUCCUCCGUCGCCAAAGUGACCAUAAACGUCAUAGACGUCAACGACAAUCCGCCGGUGGUGAUCUAUCCCCCAUCCAACACGUCCUUUAAGCUGGUCCCGCUGUCCGCCAUCCCCGGAUCUGUGGUCGCCGAGGUUUUCGCGGUGGAUGGAGACACCGGGAUGAACGCCGAGCUCAAGUACACCAUCAUCAGCGGGAACAGCCGCGGCCUCUUCAGAAUCGAUCCCGUCACGGGGAACAUCACGUUAGAGGAGAAACCCACGGCUGCAGAUAUCGGCCUCCACAGACUGGUGGUGAACAUCAGCGACCUGGGCUACCCGAAGUCUCUGCACACUCUGGUCAUGGCUUUCCUCUACAUCAACUACACGGUGGGGAACUCGUCCCUGAUCUACGACAUGAUCCGGCGCACCAUGGAGACCCCGCUGGACCGGACCAUAGGCGAGAGCAGUGAGACCUACCAGAACGUGGACAACCUCAAAACCAUCAUCGCCAUCGUCACAGGCACCAUGGUGGUGAUCGUGGUGAUCUUCAUAACCGUCCUGGUCCGCUGCCGCCACGUGUCGCAGUUCAAAGCCGCUCAGAGGAAGAAGCAGGGCGCCGAGUGGAUGUCGCCCAACCAGGAGAACAAGCAGAACAAGAAGAGGAAGCGCAAGAAACGGAAGUCGCCCAAAAGCUCCCUGCUCAACUUCGUCACCAUCGACGAGAACAAACCCGACGACCCGGCGCACGAACCCAUCAACGGCACCAUCAGCAUCCCGGCCGAGCUGGAGGAGCCCGGGAUCGGACGAUUCGACUGGAAUUCCACGCCCACCACCACCUUCAAGCCCAGCAGUCCAGACCUAGCCAGGCACUACAAGUCGGCCUCUCCUCAGUCCGCCUUCCACGUCAAGGCCGACACGCCGGUGUCGGUGAAGAAGCAUCACGUGGUCCAGGAGCUGCCGCUCGACAACACUUUUGUGGGGGGGUGCGACACCCUUUCCAAACGUUCGUCCACCAGUUCGGAUCACUUCAGCGCCUCGGAGUGCAGCUCGCAGGGAGGCUACAAGACAAAAGGAGGAACCUUACACACCAGACAGGGAACUCUAACUCGGACCCGGACUGAACUGAACCCAGAUUAUCUGGACCUGCGCUCACGGGCCGAGCUGAACCCUGAAUACUGGACCCCCUGCACCCCACUGUCCCAGCGCCGCGUGACCUUUCACCUCCCGGACGGAUCUCAGGAAAGCUGCAGUGACAGCGGAUUGGGCGAGCCAGAGUCUGUAGGGGGCGGAGCUUUGACCAAUAAGCCCCUCCCACUAGCACAGGACGAGUUUUAUGAGCAGGACAAAAGAACUGAAGCCGACGGGAACUCCGAUCCGAACUCAGAUGGACUUUUGGGUCCUCGGGGUCUGAUGGAGGCGACAGAAAUGUGCACCCAGGAGUGUUUGGUGCUCGGGCACUCGGAUAACUGCUGGAUGCCGCCCAAAUCUCCGUCCUCCACCUAUGGGAGCGGCCAGAGCGAGUGGACAAAAGACAAACUCCUGAACGGGCACACGCUGAACCGCGGCUGGAAGAGCGGCCACGAGCAUUUCGGAGAUCGCAAGGCUUUCGGAAUAGGAGGGGUGGGAGUCGGUGGUCACAUGACCGACAUCCCACUGGCCAGUUUGAAAUCAUAUCAGGCCUCGUCCGGGCCGGAAAACCCGAAAGAGCAGCAGCUUUAAAACCCGUUCUGUUGUGUUAGCUGGAUGCUGAAGCUGUAUGAUAGAGACUCGUACAGAGUAGAAUUUACAGUGCUCAGUUACACUUUACACUAUGCGAAAUCAACGUUUGCACGGAAACAUCCGAAGACUCCAAAAUUCCUGAAAAAAAACCUGGAGCUUCAAAGUGACUUUUCAUUUACAAAUAAAAAAAGAAGAAGAGAAAGGAAGGUUUGAUGGUUCAGACUGAAGCGGGACUGUCGCUCCGUACAGCUGAUUUAUAAACGAUAUCAUGGCUGAUUAAUAUAAACAAUAUUGUGACGUGGUUGUUAUUGAGCUUGUCGUUGGGAUUUUAUUAACCUAAAACAUCAGAGAAAAAGGAAAAGCAUCAUGCUAAUACCCUGUUAGUGGAGCCUCGUUUUAGUCUCGUCACCGGUGCCGUGUCUGUAAAUAGAAAUAAAUACUAACCGAUUUCCUGUACGUGUAAUAAUCACAUGGAACUGACCGAUCGAUAAUCACCACCACCGUCUUUUAUUCUUUAUUUCUCAUAAAUCAAUCUUUAC